GCGGAACUGGAGGGUUAGGGGCGAGGCCCGGGCGGAAGCGGUGCGGGUAGCAAUGGCGCCGGCGCCUCCUCGCUGCCCGGAUCCGCGCCCCUCCCGGUCUCCGGUGUUCUCUCUGUCCCUCCUGCCUGGCCUCAGGCAGGGCUACACUGUGUGCCCGGCACCCUGUGUCUCCAGGGCCACCCGGCCAGCCUGGAGCGCAGUCUCCACCCUUGUACGAACAGUAGAGAUGAAGGCACUGACCUUUGAGGAUGUGGCUGUGGACUUCACCAUGGAGGAGUGGGCUUUGCUGGAUCCAUCCCAGAAGAAGCUCCACAGAGAUGUGAUGUGGGAAAACUUUAGGAAUGUGGCCUCUACAGGCAGAAACUGGGACAACCAGCAAUUUGAAGAUGAGUACAAAAGUUACCAGAGAACGCUAAGGUGAUUUGUACUCAAAAGAAUAUUCCUCAAAGGUCAAAAAUAUUAAAACCAAGCAAACUACACGAACAAGGCCAUGUUCAAAAAAAAAAAACACAGAGAGCCAGGCAUGGUAGCACGUACCUGUAAUCCCAGAACUUGAGCAACUGAGGCAGGAGUUCAUGGGCAGCCUGUGCUAUGUAGUGAAGUAGGGCCAGCCUGAACUCUGUAGGGACACCUUGUCUGAAAAAUCAAAAACAAACAAAAUGAGGCCAUGUUCAAAUUUAUUUAAUCACAAAAUUUCUUCAAAGAUGCAUACAUGUUUAUUGUCAAGAAUCUGACAAUUGAAUAUUUGAAAUAUCUCAAUAUCUGAAAUGUAAGGAGUAUCAACCUUAUGCCACAAGUGACAUUACCUAAUGUAGAAUAAUAAAUUAUUUUCCAUGUUCAGAAUUAUAAAAGUUUGUAUGAAAUUGUAUUUAAGCAUUGAUUAUAGGUAUAUAUUAAACAUUUUAUGUUUAGAAGAGAGUCAAGGGCAGGAUAUCCAAUUACAUACAAGGGUAUUUUAAAAGACUGCUUACUCAUCAAACAUUAUGUAAGUAAUGUUACAUGUAUUUAAAUGUAGUAUACAUAUUAAGUAUUUGCAACAUUAGUAACCUUGAGGAACUAUUCAAAAAUCAAAAUGAAUUCUCCUGUUUUGAUAAUAGUUGUUUUCAAGCAAUCCUCAAAAGCAGUUGGUCUAUUUAUGUUCUAAAAUACAGUAUUAAGAGGCACAUUCCCAUAAUGUUGGUAGGAAUGUCAUUUUAGUAUAACAUCUAUGGAAAUAUAUAGAGAGGUUCCUCAAAAAAAUAAAAAUAGAAAUUUCAUUUUAUCCAGCAAUACAUCUACUGGGUGUAUUCUCCUGAAGUUAAAGUAAUCAUAUUACAUGCAUACAUGCAUAUCCAUGUUUCUGGUAGUAAAACUUACAAAAUUGAAGCUCUGGAAACAGCCUAGAUGCCCAUUCACAGAUGAAUAGAAAGGAAAAUGGGAUAGCCAGGGCAGGAUGGAACAUACUGGGAAGCUGAGUCACAUUCAUGCUCAGCAUGGGCAACUUAAUGAUUGAGGAGACUCAGUCUCGUAAUAAAAAGAACUGUGAGAAUGUAGCUCAGUGCUAAAACUCUGGGUUAAGUCUCCAGCACUGAAAAUCAUGUGGUGUGUAUAAAUAAAUAAUAGAAUGAUAUGCAGCCAUAAAGGAGAAUGAAGUGUCAUUUGCCAAGAAAUGAAUGGAUCUGGAACCCACACUGUGUUAAAUAAGGUACACACAGAAAGUUCAAUAUCAUGUGUUGUAUUUUGUAUGAGAAAUGCAAGGUAUGAAUUAAGUAAAAUAAAGGAGAGGUGGUAGAAAAAAGAGGCAGACAUCUUGGAAAGGCUGAAGAAGCUCAGUGAAAGGGAGGGAUAGAGUCAUGGAGGAAAAGAGUAUGAAAAAUAAAAUAUGGAAUACAUAUGCACCAUUUGUUCAAAAUGAAAGUAACCAGUAUGUACUGCAAACAUACCACCUUCAGACUCCCAAGUGAAUACUGUUUUGGUAAAAGCUGUUUCCAAGCCAUCAUUCAGAGUGUAUAGUAAAUUCAUGAUCAGAUAUGCUUAGGGGCCAUCAAAUCACAUUUCCUCCUAGUAAACUAGUAAUAUAAAGAUACUUUUAAAUGUGAAUGGUUAUUUUGUUGUUUUUUUU